AUGUCUGAACACUUGGAGCAUCUCAAGUUUACUUUCUCUUUACUCAGACAGCAUAAACUCUAUGCUAAUAUAUCCAAAUGUUGUUUUGGGCAAUCAUCUUUAGAGUAUUUAGGACACAUAAUCACAGCUGCAAGAGUUUGUGCUGAUCCAAAUAAGAUUGCUUGCAUGCAAUCUUGGCCACAACCUACCACUCUCAAGGAACUGAGAGGAUUUCUUGGCCUUAUAGACUACUACAAGAAAUUUGUCAAGAAUUAUGGGGCCAUCAGUAAACCACUCACUCAUCUUCUCAAGAAGAAUUCUUUUCUUUGGACUUCAGCUGCCACAACAGCUUUUGAACAGCUCAAGCAUGCAACGUCAAACACACCCAUCUUAGCAUUACCAAAUUUCACUAAACCGUUUGUGGUUGAAAGUGAUGCAAGUGACUUGUGUACUGGAGCUGUAUUACUUUAG